AUCUUGUUCACAUUUUUUAUCGAAGAGAAGUGGGAAGCCAAAUUACCAUCUUGAUGUGUUUUUCCCUACUUUGGGUUUUGUUUUGUUGAGCUGCCCCCCACUUCCACCAUUUUUAAACUCAUCAAAGUUGCAUCCUUUUUCAUUUGACCGUCCCAAUUUACUCUCCCUUUCUCUCUUGCUUCCAUCUUCAACCUUGCAAUCUGCGUCUUCAUAAGGAGUCCCAGAUUCCCAAAAUGAGGUAGACCCUUUUGAGUUUUCUUUGCAAAGGGUUUUAUCUAUCAUUUGCCCUAAUCUUGUUGGUUUUCUGAUAUUUGUUUCAUAUGUAUCUUUAACGAGAAAAGAAAACAACAAUACGGACCCCUGUACUGCGAUUUUUUUUAUUUUUUUUAUUUUUAUUUUAAAGUGGGGGUUUGAGUUCAUGGGGAGAUGGCCUAUUUCAUCCAAUGAUUCCAUUCUAGAUUGCAACAAAGAUGUUGAUCCUAAUCCCAGUAAUGGCUAUUGCAUUGCCCCGGAUUGUUUGGUAGAAGGAAGUCGUGCUAAUGUUGACCAUGAUGAUUGCAAAGCCACGAUUAGAUGCUAUUUUGAAAAAAUUCUCUGGGUUUUUCUAAAGGAAAUUUGUCGUAGAGGAUUUAUUAGGCCAGUGCCGGCGUUACUAGGUGAAGGGGGAUCUUUGGAUUUGUUUGAACUGUUCAUGGUAGUAAGAGAUAAAGGAGGUUAUCAAGUGGUUUCGGAAAAGGAACUAUGGUCGUCAGUUGUUGUGGAAUUAGGUUUGGAUCUUGGGCUUUCGGCUUCAGUGAAAUUGAUUUAUUUCAAGUACUUAAGUGAGCUAGAGAAAUGGCUUAUGGUGAGACGUGGAGGCACAAAAUUGGAAAAUGGGAACUCUGAUUACUAUUACUACAGGAAAAGCUUUCCAUGUUUGGCAGAAUUGGAGGCAAAGAUUAAGGAUAUGUUAUAUGGUGUGCUGAGACAAAAGAGCAUAUAUGAUGAACGUCCUGGAUUCAAAUCCAACAAACCGAAUGGGAACGUUAAUGUUGCCGAAACUGCAGCAGAGAAGGAAAUAAAAUUCCCUAAAAUAGAGAAGAAAGAACAUGAUCUUCACGAGGACGUCACACCAAUUCAACAAAAUUGUACUGAGACACCUCGGGUUAAUGGCGAAACCAAUCAAAUCCAUGUUAUUGGAGAUUGUAGAAGUUUGGAUGCUGUUAAUGUUGAAACUGAAACAGACUCUCAUGGGAGAUCUCGAGAAUCUUUACUACGAAUGCUGAAGUGGGUGAGAAAGACUGCAAAGCAUCCUGCAAAUCUAUCAAAUGGUACAGUACCGGAGUCAUCCAAGUGGAAAGCGUAUGCUAGCGAUGAUGCAUUAUGGCUUCAAGUUAUCAAGGCAAAGGAUGCUCUUUUAAAUAGGAAGGAUGUUGACAAAACCGCUGAGAAACGUCUGUUAAUACAGAAGAAAGUAAGGAUGCAUCCAUGCAUUUAUGAGGAUAAUAUUGAUGAUAACCAUCACCUCUCUACAGAAAGGAUCUGUUGCAGCAGAAGAUCUAAUGCUUUGGCCAAAUCUGAAUUGGUCGCAAGUAAUAAUUCAUGUCCACCCGUCCGAAGUAAUCAGAUUGGCAGUCUAACAACAGAAAUUGGGAAGGGACUCAAGAAUCAAGCACUCUUGAAUGGUGAUUUAGCAUCUGAAAUGGAAGACAAUCAGGCAAAUGAAGAUUCUGUUGAGAAGCCGGUUCCUGUAGGUGCUUUAUUUCAAGCAGCAAUACCUGAAUGGACUGGUAAUAUUUCCGAUAGUGACUCUAAAUGGUUAGGGACACGGUUGUGGCCUUCUCAACACGAAAAUAACAAGUUCGUAAGCAAUAGAAAUCCCAUCGGCAGAGGGAGACUGGAUUCAUGUAGUUGCCAAUUUCCAGGUUCUGUUGAAUGUUAUAGAUUUCAUAUUGCAGAAGCAAGGAUGAGAUUAAAGCUCGAACUUGGUUUGACAUUCUAUGAUUGGAGAUUUCAUCAAAUGGGGGAGGAAAUAUCUCUGCAGUGGACUGCUGAAGAGGAAAAGAGAUUUAAAGAGUUGGCAAUAUCCAGUUUUAAUAAUCAAAAUCAGUGCUUUUGGAACCAUUCCUUGAAGUGGUUCCCAAUGAAAUCGAGGAAAAACUUGAUAAGCUAUUACUUCAACGUGUUUCUUUUACGGCAGAGAAGCUAUCAGAAUCGUGUUACUCCAAAUGACAUUGAUAGUGAUGAUGAAGAUGUAGAGUUCGGUUGCAUCAGUGGUGAUUUUGGGGCUAAGGCAAUGGAAAUUUUAGGCUCAAAAUCUGUAGAAUGUUCUGAAAAUAAACAGUUCAUAGAUAUUUGAAGGCAACGGGCAGUUUGAAGGAAAGGAGAAAAUGGAAGAAUGAAGUGUUAAACUCAAACCAUUGCUGCAUGAACGUAAUUUUUCUCAACAUUCUGCUGCAGAAUGUGAAGUCAUCCAAAAAAGAGGGGAAUUAAACCCAAUUUUGAAGAGAUGUUUUUAAAUACGCAACACCAUUUUUGUUUUUUUUUUUUUGGGGGGGGGGGGGGGGGGCAAAGAGAGUUAUCGGUAGACUUGUUUGUUUUGACAUCGUGUGUGUGGAACUCAAUCUCUUGGUUUUGUAUUUGGAGACUUUUGUAAUCAUUUUGAAGAGGUUCCGAGGGAAUUUUACCGAUAAUUAAAAGGUCGAGGUCGACUUGAGCA